AUGGUAAUGAACCGCAAAGUCGGCCUGCUCGUCCUCCUGGCUUCUUGUGGCUGCCUUAUUGUUAGUCCGGUGUCGGUAACGCGUCCAAGGACUUUGGAAUCGACCAUCAUCAGCUGGGCUGUAUAUCAGCAACUUGACAGCGUCCUCCGAUGCAACAGCGAGUUGAACGAUAUGGUCGGGAGUUCAUACAACAACCUCGCUCCUUCCUCGUCCUUCCGCGAGUGCUUGCUCUCAGCCCGCUCUGUACUUGAACUUGUUUCUAAAAGCGGUGCCGACAUCGGCGUCGACUCUUGGCUUGCUGAUCCUUCGAGAUCAGUCAAGCCUCCUCAUAAACCUCUGGCAGAAGCAUCCUCGAGAGAUGGAGACCCAGAAGAUUAUGCACAAGGUAACGGUAGACUAGAAAGGUUGAAGGGCCUCAACCCUGCUGAGCCAUUCACCAAGUUUGAAGGCCCAGGUACAUCGCCACCGGAUUGCACUUCUGCCAGGGUCGUCGAAGACGAGGCCUGA